AUGCAGUUAAAUACACAGGAUCAUAACACAUGUGAACGAUAUUCAUCAAGUAGUUUAAGAGAAUCUCUAAGACCUAGAAGAAGUCGUUCAUCUAACACAUAUUUACCAGAAGAAUGUAGUCGAAGAAAAGAAGAGUCAACUUAUCAGGGUUCAAAUAUUGAAGCCCUAAGUAAAGUCGUUAGUAUGCUUGUUGAAAAGGUUCGCAUCUUUAAAUCUUUUAGCUCGACCAGCUAUCAACCUGAAAAAAAAGUUCAAUCAAUGCUUCCUAGACAUGUAUCAAUAUCUCCAGAACCUGAAGAUAGUAGAUGGUGUGACAAAUCUAAGCUACUGAAAGAUGCUUUGAAGUGGACAAUAUCACAUACAUACAUUUCUGAAGAUGAUUUUAAUCAAG